UAGGUGGCCGGGAGCCGGGCAGAGUCCGCCCUGCCUAGUCUGCUCCGUGGGCGGUGCCUGGCAGCGCGUGACCCGCGCCCAUGUGACCGGCGCCGGGCUGGGCCAUUAGCGCCUUCCCUGCAGCAGCCGCGGGAGGUGUCCGUGCGGAACCGGAGGGGUGAUGGGAUCACCAUCUGGGCGAGGAAAACACUUCUGUACGCCACCGACGGCUGAUUCGGCCACCUUCGCCUCGGGCCUUCCCACUGUGAGCGCAGUGCGGGUAGCAAACGCCCUCCUUCCUGAGCGAUUACCUUCACCCGGUGUGCUUUCGGGGAAACGGAAGCUCCAUAAGCAAGGCCGGCGGGUGGGAGCACCCCUCUCCAGUAGUGAGAACACACCUCUCUAGGCAAAGCCCACAGCCCCCACCUGCUCUGGUGGCCCAAGAUGGACACAUGGCCCCUCUCGUUAUUGAGGAAGAGCCCGUGGGUAGAGAAUAUCCCGCGGGUGGAAGUGGAUGGGUGGGGAAGGCUGGCUGGGUCGACCUACAAGAUCAUAGCCAACAUUGAGUACUAACUGGUUACAUGCAUUUUCUCAUUUAACAUUCACCAUCGUGAAAUUUGUCAGAGAAAGGCUAAGAGAACUUGGGCCCUUUGACCAAGAUCCUGCCGCUGGUAUCAGGAAUCGAGAUUGGAGCCCAGGUCAGCGCUACAGCGGCGCCUCCUGGACAAGGGGAAGAUGAAGCUCAUCAUCCUGGACCACUAUUCUCAGGCCAGCGAGUGGGCUGCCAAAUACAUCAGGAACCGUAUCAUCCAGUUUAACCCAGGACCAGACAAGUACUUCACCCUGGGGCUCCCCACUGGGAGCACCCCACUUGGCUGCUACAAGAAGCUGAUUGAGUACUACAAGAAUGGAGACCUGUCCUUCAAAUAUGUGAAGACCUUCAACAUGGAUGAGUACGUGGGCCUUCCUCGAGACCACCCAGAGAGUUACCACUCCUUCAUGUGGAACAACUUCUUCAAGCACAUUGACAUCCAUCCAGAAAACACCCACAUUCUGGAUGGGAAUGCAGCUGACCUGCAGGCUGAGUGUGACACCUUUGAAGAGAAGAUCAAGGCUGCUGGCGGGAUUGAACUGUUUGUUGGAGGCAUCGGCCCCGACGGACACAUUGCCUUCAAUGAGCCAGGCUCCAGUCUGGUGUCCCGGACCCGUGUGAAGACGCUGGCCAUGGACACCAUCCUGGCCAACGCGAGGUUCUUUGAUGGAGAUCUCGCCAAGGUGCCCACCAUGGCGCUGACGGUGGGCGUGGGCACCGUCAUGGAUGCGAGAGAGGUGAUGAUCCUUAUCACAGGUGCUCACAAGGCGUUCGCUCUAUACAAGGCCAUCGAGGAGGGCGUGAACCACAUGUGGACAGUGUCUGCCUUCCAGCAGCAUCCCCGCACGGUGUUCGUGUGUGACGAGGAUGCCACCCUAGAGCUGAAAGUGAAGACCGUCAAGUAUUUCAAAGGUUUAAUGCUCGUUCAUAACAAGUUGGUGGACCCCUUGUACAGUAUCAAAGAGAAAGAAACAGAGAGAAGCCAGUCUUCUAAGAAGCCAUACAGUGAUUAGCCUGUGUGCCAAGUACCCCGUGAGACAGGCAGGUCUUGCUGGAACUUGUCUUUAGGAAGACAGAACCGUAUUUCUUUAAUCCAGUGGGAGUACUCCAGAUAAAUGGGUGAACUUACUGUUCUUGGACACGCAAGGUGGAGCCUAGUUGUGGAGUUCAGCUAUGGGAGGCAUGACUUGUUUGUAACUUUUAAUCAGGAAAAAAAAAUC